AGAUGGCACCACAAAAGGUGUAGUGUAGCUAGUUAGAAUAGGCCUCCUAAGGAAGUGAUCGGCUGAUCGCGCCCUGCAUCCAACCACGAAAGAAUCAAUGGUCCCUGUACCCCUCAUUCUAUGCAUAUUCUUUCUCGCAGAGGUCAUGCCAGAUGAAGCCUCUUCUAGGCCCUCUGUAUCAUUGCCGGGCUGCCCGGAUAAGUGUGGCAACGUGUCCAUCCCCUACCCCUUCGGCAUUGGCAAGGAAUGUGCUGCGACCAGCUUAAACAGCUACUUCAUCGUCACCUGCCAUCCACAGCAGCCAACAAUCGGGGACCAGGAAGCAGUGGUUGAGGUCACCGACAUCUCACUGGAGCAUGGUGAGAUGCGUGUGCUCAGCCCCAUCAGCCACAUCUGCUUCGCGUCAUCAAACACCACGUUCAACAAGUUUGGUGGAGGUUACAAUCUGCAGUCCACGCCCUUCCUCCCCUCACCGUCGCGCAACCGCUUCAUGGUCAUCGGCUGCAACACCCUGGGGCUCAUCGGAGGGUACCAGGGCGCCGCAAGCCAGUAUGCAGCCGGGUGCUACUCCUACUGCGAGGGCAUCAACACUACAUCUGAUGGCGCACCGUGUGCUGGGAUGGGCUGUUGCGAGGCUGCAAUCCCUGCGAACCUCACUGCCUUUGGAGUGAUGUUUGAGAUGAACCAAAGCAAGAUCUGGGGCUUCAACCCAUGCUUCUACGCCAUGGUCGCGGAGGUUGGGUGGUACAGUUUCAGGAAGCAGGACCUUGUUGGCAACCUUGGAUUCAUUGACUCUAGAGCCAAGAGGGGUGCCCCCAUCAUCGCUGACUGGGCCAUUAGGAACAGCUCGUGCCCAGAAGAGGGGAAGGAACCACCCAGUGGCUAUGCCUGUGCCAGUGCAAACAGCUACUGCACAGCGGCAAACAAUGGUCCAGGCUAUCUAUGCCAAUGCUCCAAAGGAUACGAGGGUAACCCUUAUAUUCCAAAUGGCUGCCAAGGUAUGUAUUUAGUAUUUAUCCAAAAUUUAAAUAGGUCUGGAGUUUCUGGGAUACUGAAUACUACCCAGUUUUACUGGUGCUGAGGUUGAAAUGUCUUAAUACGCCUCCACAAAAUCGACAUCAAUUAAGUGUUGAAUCAAAAUUUCACCUUGCUUCAGCUACUGCUGUUGCUAGAAAGCACACCCAAAAUAAUUGCUGGCACACAUGACAUAUGUCAUCAUUUUUUGGUUUUUACUUCUAAACUGGAAACAGAAACAGUCAGCUCUAGUGUAGGUUGUUUAUUCAUGUUGUAAUAUUCAAUUUCCGGAGCAGUUAUGUAAAGGGAAUUUACAACAUUACAAAGUCACCUGACCUUCUUUACUUGUUGAAAUUUUCUAACAUUCCAUCCAUUUGCACUUAGUUUAACUUAUCUGAUUGCUUAUGUGUUUAUUUGUAUCUUCAGAUAUAGAUGAGUGCUUGCUGCGUACGCAAGAUUCCAAGUAUGAAGAAUUGUACCCAUGCAGAAAAGGGGUUUGUCACAAUACACCAGGAA